ACUAUAAAGUUUCUUCCUUUUUCUUAUCUUCUCUUUUAUUCCUGCAAUUUUAAGCUUUAAUGGCAGGAAGUAUGAAAUUCUUCAUCUUUUUGUUCUUCUGUGUUACUUGUGCUUUGUUUAGUUCUUCAUGUGAUGCUUUAAACUCAGAUGGGAAAGCUUUAAUUUCACUUUUAAGCAAAUGGGUAGUUCCAAAAUCUGUUAAAAAUAGCUGGAAUUCUUCCCAAAAUACCCCUUGUUCAUGGAAAGGUGUUAUCUGUGACAAAAAAACCCAGAAUGUAGUUUCUCUCAACUUGUCAAAUUUUGGCAUUUCUGGUCAUUUGGGACCUGAAAUUGGUCAGUUAGGUAAUUUACAAACCCUUGAUCUUAGUUCCAACACAAUAUCUAGCUUCAUACCUGUUGAGAUCUCUAAUUGUAGCCUUCUUGAGAUGUUGGACCUUUCAGUAAACAAUCUCACUGGUGAAAUCCCAAAAAAUUUAGGUAACUUGCAAAGUUUGCAGGUCCUUAACUUUUAUGGGAACUCAUUUGUGGGUAAAAUUCCUAGCUCUUUGUUUCGAAUCCCGAAUAUUCAGGAUGUUUUUCUUAAUAGUAACCAGCUUACUGGGUCUAUCCCUUCAAAUAUAGGGAAUGCAACAAAGCUUCUGAGUUUUUGGGCUAAUAACAAUCAGUUGUCUGGUAAUAUACCACCUUCAAUUGGGAAUUGCUCAUCACUCCAAGAAGUAUAUCUAGGUGAUAAUCGCCUUACCGGUGUAUUACCCUCGAGUUUGAUCAAUCUCGAGGGUUUGGUCGAUUUAGAUGUUAGUACAAACAGCUUGGAAGGUGUCAUUCCUUCUUUAAGUCCAGGUAGCUGCACAAAUUUGCAGACAUUAGUCCUGUCAGAAAAUCAUUUUAGUGGGGUUAUUCCACAAGGUUUGAGCAACUGUAGUAAUAUGAUAGCCUUUGCUGCCAUGACUAACAAACUAAUAGGGAAAAUCCCAUCUUCCCUUGGUCUGCUUACACAACUGUCACUUCUAUACCUGGCUGAAAACUCGUUAUCCGGGAAGAUACCUUCAGAGCUCGGAAACUGCAAGUUGUUGACAGGGUUGCUUCUAAAUGAUAACAAACUCGAGGGCGAAGUUCCAAGUGAACUUGGGAUGUUAACUAGUUUAACCCGCCUUCAGUUACAUAAUAAUCGUCUGACAGGUGAGUUUCCUGUUGGGAUUUGGAAGAUUCGGAGUCUUGAGUUGAUUCUUAUUUAUAAUAACAGCCUAUCAGGGGAGCUUCCUGCUGAAAUUACUGAGCUCAAAAACCUUAGGAAUCUUUCUUUAUCUGAUAAUCAGUUCUCUGGGAUCUUACCUCGUGAUUUGGGGAUUAAUAGCAGCUUGGUGAUGAUUGAUGUCACGAACAAUAAAUUUACUGGGGAAAUUCCACCCCACCUUUGCUUCAGUAAACGGCUGCAGGAUCUAGACAUGGGCCACAAUAUGCUUAGUGGAAGCAUACCUCCUAAUGUUGGAAGUUGCUCUAGUUUGAUAAGGUUAAGGUUUGAACACAAUAAUCUCACAGGGGUAAUUCCGGAGUUUGAAAAAGAUCAUAGCCUUUCUUUCAUUGACUUGAGUGAAAAUAAGAUUCAUGGGAAACUGCCUUUGAGUCUUGCCAAUUGUCAGAGUCUCACCUGGAUCAAUCUCACCAUGAACAACCUUUCGGGCUCUCUACCUCCAGAGCUCGGAAACUUGACUGAAAUUCAUGCUGUCUUUAUGUCUCGCAAUAAUUUGGAGGGCUCUUUGCCAAUGGAACUAGGCAAUUGGCAGAAGUUGCUUACAUUGGACUUGUCUUUCAAUUCUUUAAAUGGAUCAAUUCCAGCAAGUUUUGGAAGCUUAACAGCCUUAUCAUUCUUAGAUUUGAGGGAAAACCAUCUCACUGGAGGAAUUCCAUCUUAUGUGUCUGAACUUCGAAUGCUCCAAGAACUUCAUCUUGGUGGGAAUUUACUUGAAGGACCAAUUCCUUCAUCUAUCACUCUAUCAGAGAAUUUGAUCCUCAAUGCCUUGAAUCUUAGUAACAAUCGUUUAACAGCUCACUUACCCCCUGAUCUUCAGAGAUUGGCUAGUCUUCGCUGGAUAGACCUAUCUCACAACCAUUUUACCGGGUCACUAGACGCUCUUGCUAAUAUGCCAGGUUUAGAUACUGUUAACAUCUCAUAUAAUCUCUUCUCUGGUCCAAUACCUCCAUCUUUAUUGAAGCUGGCAAACAAGUAUCCGUCAUCAUUUCUUGAAAAUCCUGAGCUUUGCAUUGACUGCACUCACUCUGAUGGCUCCACCUGUAUAGAAGGAAACGAGCAGUUCAGAGUUUGUAAAUCUAUACAAAAGACUGGUCACACGAAAGAACUUCACAGGAUUCAUAUUGCAAUGAUAGUCCUUGGAUCAUCACUGCUUACAGUACUUGCUGCACUUAUUGUGAGCUGUCUGCUUAUGAAGUGGUGGCGAAAACGACAGAAGAAAGUUGUUGAAGCUUCAAACCAGGAAAGUUCCACUUUCAAAUUCAGCAAAAUAAUGGAAUGUACAGGAAAUCUUGAUGAGCAGUGCAUCAUCGGGAGAGGAGCCCAUGGAACCGUCUACAAGGCUGUGUUAGGCCCAGAUGAAAUAUAUGCAGUGAAGAAGCUUGUAUUUGAUGGAGAAAGAGGUGCAAAUAUGAGCAUGGUGAGAGAAAUUGAGACAUUGGGAAAGAUCAAGCAUAGGAAUUUAGUCAAAUUGAAGAAUUUUUGGGUGGCAAAGAAUUAUGGGUUGAUACUAUAUGAGUACAUGGAAAAUGGUAGCCUUGGUGAUGUUCUUCAUAGGACGAGUCCGCUGUCAAUAUUGAGGUGGAAUGUACGUUACAAUAUAGCUCUUGGGACGGCCCAUGGAUUAGCUUACCUGCACUUUGAUUGUGAUCCUCCUAUCCUACACCGUGAUAUAAAGCCUGAGAACAUACUGCUCGACUCUGACAUGGAGCCUCACAUCUCUGACUUUGGCAUUGCUAAGGUUCUAGAUCAAUCUUCCAUAUCAACACAAUCAUUUGCAGUUCCUGGAACCAUAGGCUACAUAGCACCAGAAAAUGCCUAUGCAACAACAUGGAGUAAAGAGUCUGAUGUGUACAGCUACGGAGUGGUAUUGCUUGAAAUGUUAAUCAGAAAGAAAGCAGUGGAUCCAUCUUUUCCAGAAGGAAUGGAUUUAGUUGGAUGGGCACGAUCAGUAUGGAAUUGUUCCGAACAGAUUGAUAAGGUGAUCGAUGCCACCAUUCUAGAAGAAUUUACGGAUUCAAAAGUGAUGGAGCAAGUUUAUGAUGUGUUUUUCAUAGCAUUGAGAUGCACUGAAAGAGAACCAAGAAGAAGGCCAACAAUGAGAGAUGUUGUCAAGCAAUUAGAAGAUGCAAAUAAUGCUGCAAGAACUAAAAAAGGGUCUUAGUGAUUCUUGGCCUGAUCUACUCAUCUUUUUUUUCUGUGUGUGUUUUUGUAGCUAGCACCUAUGUAUAUUACAUAUUUUGACCUUAUUAUGUGUGAAAUAUAAAUGAGUUACAGAAGUAAACUUUGGCAUUCAUAAGAAGAAACCAUUAGAAUCAUGGAGUAUUUUUUUUCUUUCCUAUGUACUCCAUUCAUAAACCUACAGAAAGAAAUUGUAUUCUGCAAUCUGCAGUCAAAUGUACUUCUGUCAAAGGUUGAA